GAAGCAGACAGCAUACACCUCGAUGAGCGCUGGUCCGCUCCUCGCUCAAUACCUCGCUCUGAUCAAGACCGCGAACGACACAAAGAACUCGCAAUCGAUCAGCUCUCUGUUCAUCUUCGAUCCAAAUACGCCUGGUUAUCCUGACCUAAGAAGAGAACUACUCCAGACAAACGCCAAUGUCGUGGAGGACCUCUGUGACAACCUUGACCAAGGAGGAUCCCGAGCUUUCGGAAACCUCGUCUAUGGGUACCUCACAUUCAUGAAGAACUGCGAUUACUCAUCAGAAGUGUCUGUUUUUGAGCACUACUCCAAACUCAUGAACCAACUUCAUGCCGCCUACGGUAACGACGCAGGAUUCCUUAAUACUCUAGUGAUGCGAAUGGCGAGAUGGUAUGCGGAGCUGAGCAUAGCGGCUGACCAAAUGACUGGAAAUCGUGCGCUGGGUAACACGGAGAAGGCGGCGACGCUCUUGCAGAGAAUGCAUCCUCAUAUUUGUCAGGUUCCCUCGAAGCGGAGCGCGGCGUACCAUGUCGCGAAUCUCCUCUUCAGAUUAUACUUUAGGCUGCGGAAAACGACAUUGAUGGGGACAACAAUGGAGAGUAUCAGAAGCCAAAUCACCAAGAUAGAGGGCUACCCCCUUUCGCAGAUUGUGGAGUACCGGUACUACCAAGGCCGGUAUGAAUUGAGCAGAAACCAAUUCCCGACAGCACGGGAACAUCUACUAUGGGCCUUCAAUAAUUGCAUGGACGCAAGUGUCCGCAAUCGACGGCUGAUUCUGAUAUACCUCACCGCGGCCGGGCUCGUCAUCGGUAUGCUGCCACGGGAGGAUUUAUUACGGCGAUAUAAUCUCGCAGAGUACUUUUCGCCGCUGAUUCAUGCGCAGCGAAAAGGAGACUUUGCUCUGCAUGCUCUCACGAUCGAAAUGCACAAGGCGUGGUACUUGAGGUCGGGCGUUUACCUCAUCCUCCGAGACCGUCUACAACUCCUCCUAUUCCGAUCACUAUUCCGACGAACACAUAUCCUUACCAAGAAUAGAACUCCAAAGGGAAAUCAGGUGUGGUUUGAUGACUUAUUAGCGGUGACACGGUUGUCGACGCAGCGAGCCGCAGACGCAGUACGGAGUAUUGGCUGCACACCAGAUGACGAACCAGAAUGGGAUAUACUGGAUGUGGAAGCGAUGGCAGCGAACCUUGUGGAUCAGGGAUACAUCAAAGGAACGAUCCACUCCAGCCGAAAAAUCAUGGUGGUUGCUAAAGAC